AUGCAAAUCUUGCGAGCCAACUUCGUCGUACACUUCGCCAAGGAACUCAGCCUGCAGCUCUUGCAGGAGAUGGAUCAGGUGCCGCAGCUAUGCGUGAAGUUUUCGGGUGGCUUGGAAGCCAAGUUUGAGCCCGAUGUUGUCGCCUUCUCUUCCGUCGUGGGGAGCGCCCACGGCCGAUUUGAUAUCGUUCUGCUCAGCGACAGGCGCCUGCGCUGUGGCAGCGCAGUGGCGAAAGGCGUUGGCAGUGGCCGCGUCCGCACCCACACCAGAGCCAGCUCUGCUGGCAGCUGCCCUGGGCGCCUGCGAGGAAGGAAGCGCCUGGGAAGCAGCGAUAAUGCUGCUGAAGAACCUUCGAGGCGUUCGUGCCGACAAGAUUUGCUUCCGAUCGGCGAUGUCAGCGUGUCACAGCACGCAAAGUUUGCGAUGGGAGCAGUCCCUGUCGAUCUUUCACGCUGUCGAGGUGCAAGGCGUGCCUCCAGCGACAUCAACGUGCAGCCAGGCGAUCACCGCUUGCGCUCGAGGGCUGAAAUGGGCUCUGGCGCUGGUGGUCUUGCGCUUGUUGAAUCAGCAAAGUCUGAUUCCUGGCGUGAGAACCUUCGCGGCUACGGCCAGUGCGGCCGAUCGAGGUUUGCAGUGGGCGCGAACUCUGGCGCUCCUGUGCACCUCCCGAUGGGGGUGAGGCCGAGCGCGAUGAUCUUCGGCGCAACCAUCAGCGCGAUGGAAAAGCAAAGCCGCUGGCGAAGCGGCAUCGAACUGCUGCUGCGUGGCCUAUCCGUGCAGGGCGUGGAGGCAAACCUCGUCACUUGCAACUCUGCAAUGAGUGCUUGCGAGAAAGCAAAUGCCUGGCCAUGGGCCACCGAGCUUCUUGGCGAGGAGAUGCUGAGGAAGAGGAUGGCCUGCGAUGAGAUCAGUUUCAACGCAGCCCUCGGCGCCUGCCGGCCAGAAUGGCGGGCGGCCGGCCUGUGUUUGCAGGCCAUGCAGGAGCAGCGGCUGGGUGGCGACGCUGUGACGGCUGCAGCGCUGUGGCCCAUGGUUGAGUUGAGUGGCCAAUUCGCCCCGCUCCCGCCGCUGCUGCGGGGACUGCUGUCCGAGAGCUCUGAGAGACGCCAGGUCGAGGCCUUAGAGCUCUUGGAGGCCAGCGGCAUGCUGUCCGAAGAUGCUCUGGCAAACUUCGCUGGAGCAUACGCUGGACGGCUGCUCCCGGCCCUACAGCAGCUCUCCAGCAGCAGCUGGAGUGGUCCGGCUGUCGGCGACACGCGUCUCCACCUUCCGGCCUUGGAGCGGAGCUUCAGUCUUGGGCGCCACUUCACGGAAGAGGCAUUGGAGGCAUUGUGCUUGGCCUCGUCGCCGUGUUGGUUACCGACCGCACGAUGCCGGUCGCGCGAGGCGCUGCUGGCUUCUGAGAGCCUCGCCGCUUCAGCGACGGAGCCUGUGGCUGCUGCGAUCGCUGCCUGGGCUUCGCAGACACUGAGCCGGCAUGGUUUGCCUCCACGUUACACCGCCGGAUUCGGCACAGCGGAGGUGGGAGCUCCCCUGCCUGUGUUCGUGGAGCACGACCGGAGCCAACAUGCUGAGCGUGGAGUUUUCCAGAGGCUGCUCAGCGGCGUGGCAGUGACAG